AUGGCAAAGAAAGACAAGAAAGAUCUGCCAAAGACAGCCCAGCAGGAUAAAAAGGCAAGACAAGAGUUAAAUACUGCAUCAUACAAUGUCUGGACAUUGAUUCUGCAAGUGCUCUGCUGUGGCUUGAUAACAGGGGGAGCAAGCUAG